UGACCAGAGACUGCGGACACAGUACAGGAGAUGACCAGAGACUGACACAGUACAGAGAUGACCAGAGACUGCAGACAUACUACAGGAGAUGACCAGAGACUGCGGACACAGUACAGGAGAUGACCAGAGACUGCGGACAGUACAGGAGAUGACCAGAGACUGCGGACAUAGUACAGGGGAUGACCAGAGACUGCAGGACAGUACAGGAGAUGACCAGAGACUGCGGACAACAGUACAGGAGAUGACCAGAGACUGCGGACUGUACAGGAGAUGACCAGAGACUGCGGACAGUACAGGAGAUGACCAGAGACUGCGGACUGUACAGGAGAUGACCAGAGACUGCAGACA